UGUUUUCGUGUCAGCCAAUCAUGGCCGUCCGUCCCAGAAUGCAUUGCAUCACAAACUGAACGCGCGAGCUUUACACCCUGUAGUCUGGUACUUUUGGAAAUUGCACAAUUUAAACCUCAUUGCUGCAUCAAGGGAAUUUCCAAGCAAGUGAUGACCACAAGUCCAGUUCUAAAUGAUGUUGUCGCCUAUGUUGAUGUGUGGUCAUCAGACAAAACAGCAAACUGCUCAAAACCAUUCGUUCAGCAGCUGCAGGAAAUGGGAGCUCAGGUUACAAAAACAUUCAAUAAACAAGUCACACAUGUAGUUUUCAAGAACGGUCACCCUGCAACAUGGAGGAAAGCAAAGAAAAGUGAUGUGAAGCUGGUCUCUGUUCUCUGGGUCAGCAGGUGUUAUGAGGAUGGUGUGCGUGGGGAUGAGGAGUUGUACCCAGCCUUAAAUGAUGACAGCACAGUGUUAAGGAACAAGAAACACCGCUGCAUGCAGCCAAAAGACUCUCCAGAAAAGACACCUGAUAAUGACAGACGCAUGAAAAAGAAACUGGACAGGAUGAUGAAAGACCUACAUCCUAAACAGUCUAUAGUUACAGAAGUGUCGCCCAUCAUUAUCGACGAAGAGAACGGAAUAGUCUACAGUCCCGGGUUGAAAAGAUCGGAUUAUAUGGCACGGCGUUUGAAAGACAUGAAAGAGAAGCACGAAUACCUCUCACCAACAGCGUCACAGAUGGUUGAAUGCCGCUCACCCACUGGGCAGAAGCCGUCUCUCGGGAACACACCGACUGUCUUCAAACUAAUGUAUGAUCAGUCGGAUGAUGAUUCCAGUGCUUCUGCGGCUGAACCUGGUUACUCACCUGAUAAGGGCGAGGGAAGAACAAAGGUUGAUGCUACAGAUCAUGACCACCUCGAACAGCAUCGCAAGAAAACCUCUGAGAAGCCCUGGCUGUCACCUUGUCGGGAUGUGCCAAAGCGGAUUGCAAGCCCGAGUUUGAAACAUCCAAACGUAAAAGACAGUGUUACGCCAAAGAAGAUCAAAAGUCCAAGUUUGAAUCUUUCUGACUUCAGGGAUGAAGAGGAACAAAUAGGGAGUAGACAGAAAAAAACAAGACUGACCUCAGGAAGAAAAAAGCCAGCAGUAAAACAUGCGUCUGCUGGUUUACCAGAAAAGGCUCAUCAGGCUGAGGGAACUGAUAGUCCGAAGAACAUUCAUAAAGAAAAGAAACAAUCACGGACGAAACUUCCCAGCCCAUCACCUGAUAAAUCUGAAAAGGAAAAGGGAAAACUGAAAGCAGCUAAAGCUCUUACAAAGACCAAGACUCGCUCUCUUACAGACACUGUGAACUCAUCUAGCCGCCUCUCAUCACCUGUAGCAAAAUUAAGUGAUGCUGCAGGUAAACUAUCAAAAGACUCUCCGUUACAGAAAGCACCUAAACGAGCCCGACAAUCAUUUUCUGCCUUGGUACAAUCUUUCACCGAGUCUAGUGACUCUAAAACUGUUGCCUCUUGUUCAACUGAUGCCGAUGAUAGUGUCUUUGAGGACUUUUUUUCCAACACUAGCCAACAGAGAUCACAAACGCCUGUUUUGCCGACUCUACCUGUUGAAGAAGAACUCUCCUUUCAGAUUCCUUUUGAGCUCGGCUCCACAGCAAACAAGAAAAAACAAAGAAGAAGUGAAAGUGUUGCAUCUGAAGCUAACAGCAAAAAGAAGAGGAAACUUGAAGGAGGUCAGACUGGCAGGAAUCGCCAACAGCCAGCUAAUACAAGCAGUGAGUCUCGAAGUCAUCCACAACAGGAUGUUAAAGAAUCUCUGCCUCCUCCUGAUACUUCAGCAGCCAGCGUCAAACCUGUGGACAAGAGGCGAAGAAAAAGCACUUUGCCAGUUACAAGCACAGAAAAAACCACGAUAAGAAAGACGAGGGCAUCUAUGUCGACGCUUCCAGAAGCUAGCACAGAGUCAAAGCAAGAGAAAAACCCUGCUGCUAGUGUCUUUUCUCAUAACCUGGAAAGUAGAGGAAAUGAAUGUACAGUGGCAGCUGGUUUGAAAGAGAUCCCCUCUGAAGGAGAAGAUAAUCCCACAAAGAACAUCAGCUCGAGUGUGCAGAGUAUGGUCAACAAGACAACGUCUAUGAGAACUCUGGUCAUGACAAGCAUGCCCGCUGAUAAGCAGCAGACAGUGGAUCAGGUGGUGAAGUCCCUGGGUGGUUUUUCUAUUGUUGACCGAGUGUGUGAGAGCACAACUCAUAUCGUGUCUGGAGGUCACAAGAGGACUCUCAAUAUUCUGUUGGGAAUAGCUCGUGGCUGCUGGAUCCUGUCCUUUGAAUGGGUUCUCUGGUGUUUGGAGCAGCGGCAGUGGAUUCCAGAGGAGCCAUAUGAACUCUCAGAGCAGUUCCCUGCAGCACAGAUCUGUCGUCUUCAGAGGCACCUGUCUGCCGGCGAGCACCAGCAGGACCUGUUCCAGGACCAUCCAGCCAUGUUUGUGUCCCAGCAUUCCCAGCCACCUACUCAGAGUCUGAUGGAGCUGAUCCAGCUGUGCGGAGGGAAAGUCUGCAAAACUGUGCGUCAGGCGGGACUCUGCAUCGGGAAGUACAGCGGCAGGAGACCAGAGGGGAGCAGGAUGCUGUCUGAGCAGUGGGUGCUGGACAGCAUCACACAUCUGAAGCGGCUUUUGUACGAUGACUAUGACUUGGAGCGAGGCGGAGGGAGAAGCUGAAUGUUUAGCUGUUUUAUGGUGGACAGUCACAUAACCUCUGUUUCUACCUUCAGUGCUCCUCUUGUGUCGGUUUCUCCUUCUGCUUUGCAAAUGUGUCCAUUUGUGUGAGAGGCUUUACAUAAAUCCCCUCACAUAUAACCCUGUCAGAGACUUUAUUGCCUGGUUACCAUGGGAACGGGAUUUCUGAGGACUACCAACCAUUCAGCGACGGCUGAAUAGUUACUGUGAAUAACUUACUGUGAAGUAUGGAAAACUGUUUUUAUAUAGCAUCGUAUGUUAUUCAAUACUGCAUAACAGUGUUUUUUCUUUCGACAAGACAUGCAAUAAUUUAUUUUUAUAGCAAUAUGAAUUUUAUGGACACACACUGGGCCAGUUUAACACUCCAGUUGAGAUAGCACACUGUUCCCCUAUAGAAAUGUUCUGUAUUUUUAAAUAUAUACUUGUGUAAAAUGCUGAUUUUUAUCAGUGUUUUUGAAUAAAAACUUUUAAAUUUCUUGAAA